AUGGGUUGUUCCAUUUAGAAAAUAGAAAAAGGAAGCUAAAGUCAAUAGAUAAAGCAACAAUAAGUAGGAGGUUAGGAAACUUUAAUACAAUCCUAAUCACCGAAAAAUGAAAAUUUAAUUGGCGAAACUCCCUCUUAGAUUAAUCUGAGAGCACAGAGACUGAAACACGUCAGAGACAUAAUAUUGAGUGGAUACUCCAAUUCUCCAAAAAAUAUACAUAGUAGAAAACAAUCUACCCAAAACUUGUGGGGUUGA